AUGUCCAGCGCGUUUCGAACAUUUUGUACACAACGAAAGCAGAAAAAGAAACAGAUGAGUUUAGUUUCUAAUUACCGAAGAGAGAGGCUUAGCAUUUUGCUAUGGUUCGUGUUUUUAAUAAAUCUCCCAUUCAUUGCCGCACAAACUAAAGGAAUAAUUGAACAUACCAAAGAUUUAACUCACGACCUUUUCAUUGACACACACCAUCAGCUGAAUCAAAUCGGUGGCUCAAUAACAAAUUUAACUGUGUCUUGUGUAUUCAACAAGUCCCUUUGCAGUUAUAGAAUAAUUCCGGACGUUGUCUCACAAAACGUAACAUGGUCAUUAACAGCAAACAAUUUUACCAAUACGCAACAUUCAAAAGAAAAUUAUGUGGCAUUGGUGGGCAUCGGGAAAGAAGGCGCAAGAAGUUUCCUCCAAUCGCUGAGUUUCCAGACGACACCAAAAGAACGAGUAGAAUUUUUUUAUUAUUUAUCUGGAGAUAAUGCUGGACAACUCCAGGUAAAAUUUAUUCAAGCUAAUAUUAAAACAGAUCACCAGUUCUGGUCUGAUUCAGAAGAUCAUGGCGCUGAGCUGAAUUAUGGUUGUAUGGAAUUACCUCCAAAUCGAACGGGUUAUCUUUUGUUUACUGGCAUUCUAGGACCAAAUACGGAAAGCGUUAUGGCCGUUCAGAAAGUUUUCAUUUCUCAAGGAAGUUGCGAACACAGUGUACAGAUGAGUCUGUGUACAUUUGACAACACGCUGCUUUGUAACUACACACUUGCUUGCACAGGUGCUUCGGAAUAUGUCUGGAAGAGAUACAAAGGUGCUACUCCCACUUUCGGAACAGGACCCAACGGAGAUGCUGCUAAAUCAUUUAAUGGCUUUUACUUGUAUGCUGAAAGUUCGUACGGAAGUGACGGAGACUCGGCUAUUGUUAAUUUCCCAGUGGGGAACACAACGGGCAGAUACUUGCAUUUCUGGUAUCAUAUGUACGGCAAAAGUAUGGGCAGCUUGCGUUUGCGAUAUCAUGUUGGUCAGUUGAGCAAAGAAGAGUGGGCAGUAUCCGGAAACCAAGGCGAUAAGUGGAAAUAUUUCUGCCUGCGAAUUGUAAAUAAUAUCGAUGCCUUCAGCCUUGUUGCCGUGCACGGAUCUUCUUAUCUUGGGGACAUCGCCAUCGAUAACGUUCGAGUAGACGACCAAAAUUGUCCAUAUAUGUCGUUGGAUUGUAAUUUCAGUACGCCGUUGAUUUGUGGUUACCGCAUAAGCAGUGGGUGGUCGAGAGUAAUGGACGCAAAUGGCUUCAAAAUGAGUGUUAAUGCGUCCACUAGUAAAUAUUCGCUGAAAUCUGCAAUUGUGAAUAUAACUGACAGUUGUGUGCGUUUACAAUACCAAAUGCGUGGUUCCAGUUGCAACUUAACGAUAUUCGAAAAUCAGCAGAAGCUAUUCACGUUGUUGCAGAGCAAUGAGAGCAUUUGGGCCUCAGCACAAUUUUAUAUCAAGCAAGCAAGAGUACAACUCAAAUUUGACGCAUAUUCAACAAAUAUGUGUGAAAUAUCCAUCGCCAACGUUAGCACUAUCUAUGGCAGCUGUCCAGCAUUAGAAUGUCCAAAACGUAUGAAGGGCUGCAGCGACAGACAUUUCUGUGUGAACAAAAAACAGGUGUGUGAUCUUCAGAAAGACUGUAAAGAUGGAAGCGACGAAAUCUGCCCGAAAACAAUUGCCUGUGACUUCGAAUAUCCCAAUAAUUGUGGAUACUACGGGAAAAGAGACCAAUAUGAAAGAUACGAACAAUCCAACGGCAAAUCAGAUUAUCAUAUAAUUUUAUUUAGUAGAGAUACGAACUGGACUUCACCGUGGCAAAGGGUCAACGAUUCUUGUGUCCAAUUUUCUUAUAACGGAAGGUCAUUUCCUUCUGUUGAGAUUUUCGUAUUUUAUGAUAAUAAACGGACUGGUGCUCGAGUAUGGAAGACCCAUAUCAAUCAGGCCAAACACUCAUGGUCACCUGGUCAGUUUUUCAUAACAGCUGGAACCGUGCAAUUGGUGUUUAACAUAAAGGGUCAAUAUAUGAGCCAGAUCGGAUUGGAUAACAUCCUUUUAAUUACAGGUUCUUGCCCUCCACUUGGUUGCAGCAAAGAUCAUGUUCCUUGCGCCAAAAAUAACAAAUGCAUUAAAAAGAGAGAUAUUUGUAACCGGAUAGAUGAUUGUAUGGACAUGAGUGAUGAAAUGAAUUGUUCUCUUUCAAUCGAUUGCAAUUUUGAACAUCCAUACCUUUGUGGGUAUCAAUUUAGUAGCGGAUGGGUUGUCACGACCGGAAGGAAAGAUUUUAUGCCUCGCCAUGAUCAGACUAAAGGAACUUAUUACGGUCAAUAUAUGUUGCAGCGUCUUUUAAAUUCUCCGCUCACUUCUCCGGAAAUUAUGCUAAAAAAUAUAACAUGCCUGCGGUUCUAUUAUUAUUUACAAGAAGAUGUCUCCGCUUUCAAUGUUUAUGACAACAAUGUUGACCGACUGCAGAUCAAAUCCAACAACAUUCAGACAUGGCAGAUGGCACAGUUGCAGUUGAGUGCUGGGAAACACAAAAUCAGUUUUAGUCAGACACGUCAAUUGUACAGAACGACGUUAGCAAUCGACAGCGUUUCUACAAUUCCCGGACGCUGUCCGCAAAUUAACUGCCCCGAAAAUUGGAAACCCUGCAAUUCGGCUGAUAUCUGCGUUCCUUACUACAGGUUUUGUGACGGUGACGCUGACUGUCCUAAUGGUGAAGAUGAACUCAAUUGCCAGACAAAUCGUACAAUACGACUUGUUCGGGGAAAAAACGUGAACCAAGGUUUCGUGGAAUACCGCAUCAAUGGAACCUGGAAUGGAAUAUGUUACGAACAAGAAUUUAUUUCAGCAUCAAUUGCAAAUGCAAUUGUAGCGUGUCGACAAUUAGGUUACAAGGGUACUGCCCGGGAUUCAUUUCGAACGGCCGCCCCGCGAUACAUUAUCAGCAGUAUCAAAGGACUCAGUUGCAAUGGAAAAGAAACUUUGAUUUCCCAAUGCUCGAUGGAAUACUGCCAACAAUGUUACUGCCAACAUUACUUCAGUGUUGAUUGUUCCAACAAUCAUUGUUUGUCAGAUCAGGUUCCAUGUCCGGGAGAGAAUGGAAAACCAUACACCAAUUCAUCAGCGUGUAUAUGGAAACACAAUCUAUGUGACGGUGAAUAUGAUUGCCCGGGAGGAACGGAUGAACAAAAUUGCAAAGACUGUAAUACAAGUGAAUUCAGAUGCCGGAAUAAAGAGUGCAUUCCACUAAUGCAAAGAUGCAAUGGUGUUCCGGACUGCCAAGACUCUUCAGACGAACAUGAGUGUUUUAAACAAAAUAUAACUGGUGUGUUGUUGAUGCAAAACGGCAAGUAUGAAGCUUUAUGUGAAAAUAAUAUCAAUAACCAGCAAAUAGCCAAUGUUCUCUGUAAAGCACUAGGCAGAGGAAAUGGUACAGUUCUUCCUUCUUCCCAAACUGGACCAGGGAUUCAAUUUAAUGUCUCUUCAAACAGUACAGUAGGAAUCCUAACGGGAUUUCAUCCAAAUGCCGUUCCGUCUUGCAAGUUGUUGAAUUUGGUGUGUAACUUAAAAAAUUGUGGCCAACGUGCUUUGUGGUCAACAUUUGAACCAACCAUCAGGUACGGCAUCUUUUCGCUACCCGGUGAGUGGCCAUGGCAAGUGGCCCUUAUUCGAAACUUAAACUUCAUCUGCGGUGGUACAUUAAUAAGUCAAAGAUACGUCUUAACAGCUGCGCAUUGCGUUAGCAAGAAAUCCUUUUUUUACACAGUAAAAGUGGGAUCCAUAAACAGAAAGUCCGGUCAGUCGUACAAUGUUAAGAAAAUUAUCUCACAUCCUGGAUUUGAUUUCACAUUUUACAAGCACGACGUCGCGUUGUUGGAAUUAUCAUCUGAAGUUAAACUCAAUAACUUCGUCCAAAUCGCGUGUCUGCCGUCUCACCCGGCUGUUCCAAAUUCCCAGUGCUUUACGACUGGCUGGGGAGUUGACGAAAAUGAAGUGUAUAAUAAUUAUCUGAAAGAAGCAAAAGUCCGUAUUCUCACUAGUGAGAUUUGCAAAAGUUACUAUGCCAACGCCGAAAAUGUAGCACUUUGCGCCAACCACCCGGAACCAUACCAGCCAGCAUGUUUCGGUGACAGCGGAGGACCUUUGCAAUGUCUGAAUGAAUAUGGCCAUUGGAAUGUUGUUGGGGUAACGAGUUACGGACAGCCGCAAUGCACUCGAAAAAUUGACGCCCCCGAGGCCUAUGCUGAUGUGUACGUCCAUCUCGAUUGGAUCAUGAAGAAUGCCCCAAAUUUGUAUCAAUGA